CGAGGCGACCGCGGCAGCGGCGUUGAAGCUACUGACGUCGGCAGCGCCUGCCCAGCACAUCGUCGUGGCAACAGCAGACAUUGAGAGUGCGCUGGCCGCUGAGCGGGUGCUCGCCUCAGUCACCUAUCAGACACAGACGUGGGUGCAGUGCGCCGCGCUGUCUGCGCGCGAUGUCAACAAACAAGCCGCCCUCACCACCCUCACUACAGUCCUGGUCAUGUGCAACACUUCUGACCUCGUCAGGAUAUUCCAGCAGGUGUCCCGCGAGUCCCUAGAGCACCGGCGGGUGUGGUGGGCGGUGGUGGGGGAGGACGCUGGCCUGCCCAAGCUCCUGCAGGGCCUCAUACGGGAGGGCGUUCAGAUGGCGCUGCUGGUCGCGGACGCCGCGGGGCGCUACAAGUUCUACGUGGCCGAGGUGUCCCCGCUGCUGGGCAUGCGGAUGAAGCUGCUAGACCACCCACCUGUUCUCUGCGCAACCCCCGGGUGCUCACUCCCGCCCUCUGUUGGUACCACUCACCCCAAGGCAGUUCCAGCACUCUACAAUUCCAGCCAGAUGGACCAGAACCUAGACGAACUGUCAUACCGGAAGCCGGAUGAACUGUACCGGAACCCCGACGAAGUGUACCGGAACUUCAGCAAUCGUCUGCUGGUGAUCGCAGCGCUGCCGACCAUCACGUUCUUCAACUACACCGCUGAUGCCGACGGCAAGCUUGUUCCUGAGGGCGGAGUUGACGUGCAGAUAGUGGCAACACUCGCCAAGAUGCUCAAUUUCAGGUACGUUAUCUCGGAGCCGACGGAGCGCGUCUGGGGAGGGCCUCAAAAGGACGGCAACAUCACGGGCCUUGUGGGGCACGUGGCCAAGCGCAAGGCCCACUUCUCCAUGUGCAAGAUCACCAUCACUGCCGAGCGGGCGGCGGUCGUGGACUUCACGACGGCUUACUUCACCGAGGGAUACGCCAUCGUGACCGCCGCCCCCACCAUCGUGGGACAGAGUAUGUCCAUCCUGCGGCCCUUCACGUACCCCGUGUGGGGACUGCUGAUCGCUGCCGUAGGCAUGAUGGGUCCCAUCACGUUCACCAUCACCAAGGUGGGUCACUCCAUCAUUACCAAUGUGGGUCAAUCCACCCACUCCGCGUCACCGGCCUCGAAAAAUACCACUGACAACCCGCCGCACUACGGCCGCCCUGCCAAACUGGGGGUGGCCUCCUCACCAAGUCCCUCGAACGGGGCAAAGAAACAGGGCUUCAAAUCUCCAGUGAAGCCCCUAGGAUUGAGGAAGGAAGAAGCCCCAACAAGAGGCGCUAGGUCCCGGGAGUGGCUGCCCUUGGGAACGCUGCCCGAGUUCUGCUUCAACGCCUUCAGGAGCGUGGUGAACCAGGGCAACCUCAUACACGUUGGCCUGGACAGCGUCAAGGUCCUGUUCGUCUUCUGGUACAUCUUCUGCCUCAUCGUGAUUUACUUAUACUCCGGGUCCCUGACUGCGGGGUACGCGGUGCCCACCUACAGCGCCACGAUAGACUCCCUGGAGCAGGUGGUGGCAGCGGGCAGGCGGGGGCAGAUGGUGCCCCUGAUGAACUUCCAGAACAGCCUUGACACCUUGUUUAAGAGCUCGCCCCCCGGCAGCCUGUACCGCGCCAUCGCCGACCUGUACGUGCCGGGGGUGACCUACGCCUUCCCUGUGGAGACCGGAGCGCGAUAUGAGGCGUUGAAGCGUGGGGGCUACACGAGCUUCAACAGCUACGGUGACGCCCGUGCGCUGACGCUGCAGGCUGGACGCCGCUACUUCCACAUCGGGCGGGAGCUGUUCUACUUUCAGAGCUACGGCACCGUGCUGCCCUCCGGCGCCCCUUACAAGGGCGUCUUCGAUGACGCGCUGCUGCGCAUCGUAGAGGCAGGGCUGCCCAAUAGGUUCCUGGAGGAGAGGCUGCAGCAGAUCCUGGGGGUGAAGCUCUACCUGCAGGAGAGGUCCGCCGCUGCUGGAGGAGGAGGUCUUGAGACGUCCAGCAUCUCCCUCAGGCACACGCAGGGAGCUUUCUUCGUCCUGCUGGGCGGGUGUGGCGUGGGGUUCCUGAGCCUCGUGGGGGAGAUCUUCUUAAACCGGCGCGCUAUGAGGCAAUAGGGGCAAACUAAAUAUAUGUUUGCUGCUCAUAUUUAUGGCGUCUAUUUUACAAAAUUACUGAUCACGGAUGUCUGAAUUGUGGUUCACUAGAAAUUAAUCUCAAUGCAACUCCAAAAAUCUAAGGACAUUCAAUAACAAAUCUCGCCCCGAAUGACACUGACUCGAAACAAUAGAUGGUCGUCGACAAAUCCUCUGCUGAGUGUUGCUGAAUAUAAAAUUAUUUAUUUUGGACGUAUGGAGGCUUCAGAAUUUUCUCAUUGGUUCUCCUUGCCCGACGAAGAUAAACGACUCUAUGCCGGAAACCAAAAUAAGGCUUGAAGGUAGUUAAAGUUACUGAAUCGACACUUCUCCGGACCCGCCUGCGAACUCAAACGCAAAACCUAACUACACGAUCAACCGACGGACUCAUAACUCCUACAAUUUAAAGUUGAAGUUAGAAUACUACAAUGUAACACUAAAUUAUAAAUACGUUAGAAUUGCUAGCUAAAUUAGUUGACUUUUCAUGAUCUCAGCUCAGCAGAGAUUUUUAUAUUUCUUAGGGAAUUUGAAAGCGCGUGUAUAAAUUAUAUACUAUAUAGUAACAUAUACGAGAUAAAAAUCGGCAAAUGAGUGCAGUGUACGGAUAUCAGCGCAAUAACGUUCAAAUUUACUUAUUGUGAAAAUAUAUUCAUGAAUCUAUCAUAGAA